CCUAUUCACCCACACCCGCACACGCACGCACUCAGGGCUGUUGUCAGUUGCUUUGGCCCACUUUUGCAACGGGGCGCAGCUUUGUCAAUGGCCGUAUAUCUUCUGAGAGGAUUAACACAGCCUAAAGGUGGAGCAAAAAACUGUGAAGGUUUUGUGGCGGACGGGAGUGUAAUCCUCUGAGCUCUCCGGGAGACAGAGGCAGAGAGACGGAUGGAGAUGUGGAACACUUUGCUCUCGGAUUUGGCGCAUUUUGUGAGGAACUGAUGGGCUGAACACAUUUCUCCCCCGUAAUGGGACGGAACCGUUUACUCAAGACAGUUUAAUGGCAAUAUGUGAGACAGAGCUGCUCAUCCUCAGGAAACAGAAAUGCUGCGCAAACUUCUGCUGCUCAUCGCUUUGGCUGUAACCCUCAUCUCACCUCAGCUGUGUGGUGCCACCGCUACCAAAACAAAAGCUCAAGUGAAGAACAACUCAGGUGUGACCCCAGCUGGGAAGUGUGGGACCUGGGUGAAGGAGCCUGAUGGAGGGUACUUCACCUCACCUAACUACCCAGAGAAAUACCCUCCUGAGAGGGAAUGUGUCUACAUUAUAGAAGCGUCUCCUCGACAGUGCAUCGACUUAUUCUUUGAUGAGAAGUAUUCCAUCGAGCCAUCCUGGGAGUGUAAGUUUGACCACAUCGAGGUCCGUGACGGGCCCUUUGGUUUCUCGCCCAUCAUUGGUCGCUACUGUGGACAAGAAAGUCCUGCGUAUGUCCGCUCCAGUGGGAGGUACCUGUACAUCAAGUUUGUGGCUGAUGGUGAACUGGAGGCCAUUGGUUUCUCUGCCCGGUAUAACUUCACACAAGAUCCCGAAUUCAAAGAUCUUGGGUCACUGCCAGCUCUGCCAGUUUGUGAGUUUGAGCUGAGUGGUCCGGAAGGCUUCAUAGAAUCGGCACAGAUAACCAGGGAGGGCCAGGCGCAGCAGACUGAAGCUGUGGACUGCAGGUGGUACGUCCGGGCUCCACCAGGAGCUAAGAUCUACAUGCGUUUCCUGGAGUACGAGAUGCACAACUCAAAUGAGUGCAAGCGUAACUUUGUUGCCAUCUAUGACGGCAGCAGCUCGGUCGAACACCUGAAGAAUAAGUUCUGCUCCACGGUGGCCAACGAUGUGAUGCUGGUGUCCUCUGUGGGCGUGGUGAGGCUGUGGGCAGACGAGGGGAGCAGGAAGAGCAAAUUCAGGAUCCUCUUCACAACCUUCCAUGAACCUCCAUGUGAAGGAGACACUUUCUUUUGCCAUAGCAACAUGUGCAUCAACCACACACUGGUCUGCAAUGGCAUCCAGAACUGUGUUUACCCCUGGGAUGAAAAUCACUGCAAAGAGAAGAGGAAAGCCAGCAUCCUGGACACGCUGGACAACACUAACCUCACCAUCAUUGGAGUAACCUGUGGCCUGGUUGUCAUCUUGCUCAUCAUCUCCGUCAUAAUCCAGAUCAAACAGCCUCGCAAGAAAUACAUCAUCCGCAGAGAUGACUUUGACCCUGCCCUCCUCCAUCCUGGUUUUGAACCUCCUCAUUAUGAGCUGUGUACUCUGCGCCGCGCCCCAUCCGGUGACUUGACUGAUGCUGCCAUGGCAGAGGACUUUGAGAAGUUCCAGAAGCUCCGCCGCUCCUCAAGCAAAUGUAUUCGAGACCACCACUGUGGCUCUCAGCAUGGGAGCGUGCACGGCAGUGUCCACGGUAGCCGCAGCAACCUGAGCAUAAGGGAUGCCACUGUUACCGGUGAUGGGGGGGCUCUUGUGCCGCCGUUGCCGCCGGUGAUGAUUAACCAACAGUCGCCACGCCUCUCUCACCACACUACCCCAGCAGGUCGAAGGAGCAUCCUGGUGAUGAAGCAUAGCUAUUCUCAGGACGGGGCAGAGAGGUACAGGCCGGAGGAGGAGGAUGAUUUGAUGAUGGAUGAUGGUCCCACCACCAGCCAGCACCACAUGUACCACCAUCAGAUCCACCAUGGCAUGCCAGGGCUGGAUCACACUGUCCACCGCACACUGUCUAAUGACUUCUAAUGUCAGGAAACAUACAAAUAAAGAAAAUGGUAAAAAAAAAUGCAGGACCCAAAUGGAACAGCACUCAAACCUAUGACAGGGAUAAAUGAGUUAAUGAUGAAUUGAUGAAAUAGUUGUUGCAAUUGUUGCACAUCUUGAAUACUGCUCUAUGAUAGUAUGUGCAUGGGAGUGGCACAACGUCAUAUUUCACAAAAUGGAUCAAAAGGGUUUUAUAUGCACACACAUAUUUCCCACCCAUCCUAAUGCUAAGUUUUUUUCCUUUUCUGUUCCUUGUUUACCUUGAGGUUUCAACUCUGGGGUAGACUAUCUUUAAUACUGCAUCGUAUUUAAAUUAUUUUGUGAAUGAGUGAUCCAUUGCAGUGUUUCCUACAUGUCAUUUUUACUAGGUUUAAUCUACUUUUUACAUUUAUAAUUCACCAACAUGCAUUUAGAUUUACAUACAUACAUUUAAAUACAUACGUUUUUGUGUUAAGCGCUGGUCAAGAAUAGAAAAACACUGAACCAGAUAAAGGACAUCAUAUAAUGGAAACAUUCAGUUGACACACAAUGACAAUGUUUCAUGUUCACUCAGAGGGCUUUAAAGGAGUCGAGCUGAAUCUUAUGGAAUUGUGGAGAAAAGCUCAUUCAUUUAUAUUUUCUGUUGCUGUGUAAAUGGUUGCACUAUUUAUUUGUUUUUGCAUGUUUGGGAGUAUUCACUGAUUUUUAUUUAUGUGUCAUCAGUUUUUUAAUGCUUGACCUGUCCCACUUUUUUUCUGGCUGAUUUAUUUCUGUUGAUUAUAUGGCAGUCUCUAUUUAUUUAUUUCAUUAAAUGUGCUCCUUUUUC